CUCCUCCUCCACGUCGCGACGUUGUUCUGGGGAGAAUCAGAUAAUGCCACUUUCCUUUCGUUUUCACUGUCCGUUUUGAAUUAAAACUAUGUUGUUAUUGUAAUACAAGUAUGUAUUUGAUAUCCUCAUGACUGUGAGUCGCAGUAAGAGAUGAAAAAAGCGAAGAAGCGACUGCCAGCGAACGGAUCGCGAGCGUCUGUCAGGAGACAUGAAGAACAUCUGCCGUGGAAGAAACAGAAGCUUCUGGAUAUCCAUCAGGCACUAAACAGUGACCCCGUGGACAUCGAGACUCUUCGGCAGGCGGCUGUGAGCGAAGGCGGUUUGCUGACAGAUGAUAUCAGGAGAAAAGUGUGGCCCAAACUUCUCAACAUCAAUGCGUACAGUCUGCCUGCCAAACCCUCUAAAGAUGUCCGAGAAGACCACAAAGACUACAGACAGGUGGUGCUCGAUGUCAGGAGAUCAAUGCGGCGCUUCCCGAAAGGCAUGCGUGUGGAUGAGCGAGAGGUUCUUCAGGAGCAGCUGAUCGACAUCAUUCUGGAUGUUUUGCAGAGAAAUCCUCAGCUGCAUUAUUAUCAGGGUUAUCAUGAUAUCGUGGUGACCUUCCUGCUGGUGCUGGGAGAGAGGAUGACCAUCGCCAUCAUGGAGAAACUGUCCAAUCAUCAUCUCAGGGAUUUCAUGGACCCCACCAUGGACAGCACAAAACACAUCCUGAAUUAUCUGAUGCCCCUUCUGGAGCGAGUGGACCGAGAGCUACACGACUUCAUGAUGAGGUCUGAGGUGGGCACGAUCUUCGCUCUCAGCUGGCUGAUCACAUGGUACGGCUACGUCCUGUCAGAUUUCCGGCAUGUUCUGCGGCUCUAUGAUUUCUUCCUGGCGUCUCACCCACUCAUGGCCAUCUACUUCGCCGCUGUGAUCGUGUUGUACAGACAGAAGGAGGUGAAGAGCAGUGAGUGUGAUAUGGCCAGUGUUCAUCACCUGCUGUCUCGCAUGCCUCAGGAUCUGCCUUAUGAGGAUCUGAUUGGUCGAGCUCAGAGUCUCUUCAGCAGCUGCCCGCCCCAUCAGAUGAGCCAAUCUGCGGCGCUGCAGUCACGUAACAUAAUUUCCAUCAGCACCUUCACAGACUUCCAGACAUCCACACGGACGCAGCGUCCCGACUCCGUCCUCCGACAGCAGAUUCAGAGGCGUCAGGAACACCAGCUCGCCCUUCCCAUGAUGCCUCAGUCUACAGGCACAAACCAGCUGAUCAAGAUGGCAGUGUGGGGUCUGUCAGCCACGCUGGGGGCAGCUGCGCUGGCGGUGGCACAGACCGCACUGGACUGGGCUCCAGAGUUCCUCUCUCAGCUCUUCUAAACCAAACAUCUCCUUAAUCAGUGCCAAACUGCAGUCACAAAUACAUCAGUACACACAGAGGGAGGGAAACAAGGGCGCAUUUAUUCUCCUUUUUCUUAUUUAUUUCAAGAAGAGUCAGAGUUGCAUGAUGUAAAUUCAACAGUUUUGAAAGAAAUCCAAUUUGCAAACUUAAUCUAAGAAAGCCAAAAUAGUAUAAAGUUGUUAUAUUGGAAUUCAAGAAAAACAGAGUCAGUGCAUAAUUUGUAAGACUCUUUAUUUUAAGAGAAAAAAUUAUGUGAUAAAAAAUGUAAAGAUGGUACAAGGGUGCUUUUAUUCUCAUUUAUUUUAAGAAAAGUCAGAAUUGUAAGAUGUAAACUCAGAAUUUUCUGG